UUAGACCUGAUCAAACAGACUACAGAGAGGAGCACAACAGAACCAGUUUGUCUCUAAUACCUGAUCUAACAAACUACAGAGAUGUGCAUAACAGAACAGCACAGAACAGAUCAGCUCCUCUGAAAAGCACCAUCACUGGAGAGAGAGAGUUAGCUCUGGAGGAAGAUCUGUUGAUACAGAACCCUGGACUGAUACCUUCACCUAGCUCUGGAGGAAGACUGUUGAUACAGAACCCUGGACUGAUACCUUCACCUAGCUCUGGAGGAAAAUCUGUUGAUACAGAACCCUGGACUGAUACCUUCACCUAGCUCUGGAGGAAGACUGUUGAUACAGAACCCUGGACUGAUACCUUCACCUAGCUCUGGAGGAAGAUCUGUUGAUACAGAACCCUGGUGACUGAUACCUUCACCUAGCUCUGGAGGAAGACUGUUGAUACAGAACCCUGGACUGAUACCUUCACCUAGCUCUGGAGGAAGACUGUUGAUACAGAACCCUGGUGACUGAUACCUUCACCUAGCUCUGGAGGAAGACUGUUGAUACAGAACCCUGGUGACUGAUAUCUUCACCUAGCUCUGGAGGAAGACUGUUGAUACAGAACCCUGGUCUGAUACCUUCACCUAGCUCUGGAGGAAGAUCUAUUGAUACAGAACCCUGGUGACUGAUACCUUCACCUAGCUCUGGAGGAAGACUGUUGAUACAGAACCCUGGUGACUGAUAUCUUCACCUAGCUCUGGAGGAAGACUGUUGAUACAGAACCCUGGUCUGAUACCUUCACCUAGCUCUGGAGGAAGAUCUAUUGAUACAGAACCCUGGUGACUGAUACCUUCACCUAGCUCUGGAGGAAGACUGUUGAUACAGAACCCUGGUGACUGAUACUUUCACCUAGCUCUGGAGGAAGAUCUGUUGAUACAGAACCCUGGUCUGAUACCUUCACCUAGCUCUGGAGGAAGACUGUUGAUACAGAACCCUGGUCUGAUACCUUCACCUAGCUCUGGAGGAAGAUCUAUUGAUACAGAACCCUGGUGACUGAUACCUUCACCUAGCUCUGGAGGAAGACUGUUGAUACAGAACCCUGGUGACUGAUACUUUCACCUAGCUCUGGAGGAAGAUCUGUUGAUACAGAACCCUGGUGACUGAUACCUUCACCUAGCUUUGGAGGAAGAUCUGUUGAUACAGAACCCUGGACUGAUACCUUCACCUAGCUCUGGAGGAAGAUCUGUUGAUACAGAACCCUGGUGACUGAUACCUUCACCUAGCUCUGGAGGAAGAUCUGUUGAUACAGAACCCUGGUGACUGAUACCUUCACCUAGCUCUGGAGGAAGAUCUGUUGAUACAGAACCCUGACUCUGUUCUGCUGAGCGUCUACAGGACCUGGACUGUGAACAGAGGCAGAAAACAGAGACACUAACAGCAACAAGAACAGAGGGAUAACUAUAAUAGAACUGCAGCCCAGAGAACCUCAGUGGACAGGUAAUUAAACAACAGACCUUGUGUCAGAACAUUGGCAGUGCUGUUACCAUGGAGACUGGCAAGCGAGGCUUGGUGAAUGUGAUAACGCCUGGCAGCAGCUCCGUGUCAGAACAGAGAGAGAACAGCAUCAACAACAGCAUGCCACUCCGGGCUCCUCUAACCACCUUGUUCCUCCACACAGUGCCAGGCCUUUCUUCACACCCCCAGGCUCAGCCAGCUGCCUCCUUGGACUCCACGACCCUUCGUCUGUCCAUCCCUCAGCAGGGCUCCACAGACUCCCUACCCUUCCUGACUCUCCACCUACCAGCCAGGCUGCAGCUGCACCAGCAGGCCCCACAAUCAGGCCUGGGGGUGCAUGUGUCCCUGAGGGCCUCUGUGUCUGCAGCCAGACCCUCUAGGUCCGCUGGGAAGCACCUGUGUCCUCACUGCGGCCGGGACUGCAUGAAGCCCAGUGUCCUGGAGAAACACCUGCGCUGCCACACCGGGGAGCGGCCCUACCCCUGCACCACCUGCGGCAUAUCUUUCAAGACCCAGAGCAACCUCUAUAAGCACCGCCGCACACAGGCCCACGCACGCCUCAGCUCCGGGUCAGGGCAGAGGUCGCUCGGAUCUCUGGGCAGUUUACAAGGUCACUCCUCCCUGAGCAGCAUGGACACUCUGCAGGGACACCAAGCCAGUCUGCAAGGUCACUCAUCCCUGGGAUCGAUGGACAGUCUGGGCAGUCUACAGGGCCAUUCCUCAGUGAGCAGCUUGGACAGUCUACAGGGCUAUUCCUCCCUGGGCAGUCAGGACAGUCUGCAGGGACACCGUCUGCAAGGUCACCAGGACAGUCUAUUCAGUUUACAGGGUUCCAGGGAUACCCUCACCUCCAGCCCCUCUCUAGAUACCCUCAGCCAGGACCCAGGUAGUCUGGAGAAUGGCAGCUCUCUCUCUGCUACCACCACCCUCUCCCCCAGCCCUGGCCAGAGGAGUGGGACAGAAACAGACAGAGACACAGGCUGGGCCCUGCAGCAGGCUGGGUUAGAGGGUCUCCUCCUGGCUGCUGGGGGGAGCCAGAGUAUAGAGUUAUCCAAGAAGAGGAGAGAAGCGGAGGAUACGAGGGAUGAACUGAGAGAGAGCAGGAAGGAUAAAGAUCGAGAGAAUUCAGUGUUGACCCUGUCCCGCCACCUCCCGCUGCGGAGACAGCAGGCUGCCAUCUUGUCUCAGUGGGAGGGUUCUCUGGCUAGGGGGAUGGCCCAGAACCAAGACAACUUCCUGUCUAGAGGGAAGUCCCAGAGCCACGACAGCACAGACUCCGGCUACAGCGAGACCUCCAGCCCUGGGUCUGGACUAUACAACCCUGGGUCUGGCCUACACAACCACAACCCUGGGUCUGGACCACACAACCCUGGGUCUGAACUACACAACCACAAUCCUGUGUCUGGACUACACAACCCUGGGUCUGAACUACACAACCACAAUCCUGUGUCUGGACUACACAACCCUGGGUCUGGACCACACAACCACAACCCUGGGUCUGGACCACACAACCCUGGGUCUGGACCACACAACCACAACCCUGGGUCUGGACCCCACAACCCUGGGUCUGGACUACACAACCACAACCCUGGGUCUGGACCACAAAGCCACAACCCUGGGUCUGGACCCCAGCACUCUGGUUCUGGACCACACAACCCUGGGUCUGGACCACACAAAAACAACCCUGGGUCUGGACCACACAGCCCUGGGUCUGGACCACACAACCCUGGGUCUGGACCACACAAUCCUGGGUCUGGACCACACAACCACAGCAUGGAGUCAGUGGCAGAGUCUAGUAUGGAGAUACACGACCAGCAGGACACCUUCCACACACAGCCUGAUCAAACUAACACCACACACACACCCACACAGCCAGAACUCACCGUGUCUCAGCCCAGGAGCACAGUUUCAGUCCAGGCCCAGCAGAGUCUUGAAGAGAGAAUCUCCAAGCUGAUCUCAGAGAACGAUGCAGUGGUGGAGGACAAACACCUGAACACAGUCCGACCCAGGAAGACCCUCUUGUCCAAGCAGGGCAGCAUCGACCUGCCAAUGCCCUACACCUACAAAGAUUCCUUCCACUUCGAUAUGAAGACCAGCAACAGGCCUCCUACAGCCAGCGCUGGGAUGGCCUGGCAGAGAGGGGACAGGGGAGGAGGGUGGCCAGGUCUGUAUAGUUCGGUACCUACCCAGACCUCCACCAGCCUGGAGCAGGGACAUCAUGCCCCCCUGACCCGUAGUAGCUCCCUGCCCCACUGUGUGGGCCUUCAGGGUACAGUCAGAGCCAGCUCGGCCUCUCCUCACAACCCCCAUCCUCACCAAAGAGACUGGCUAUACCUGGGCCGUAAGGGCAGCUCUGGACUACUUUACCCAGUAGGCUUUGCCACCAAGUCUGUUGACCGUCGCGCAUCAGGCCACCGCGUGCUGGUCAGACAGGCGGCCGUGGACAACCUCCCGACGGACGGACCAUUGACGUUAGCAGCCAGCGACAAUGUCAUUCCCUGCUGUCUUGGCUCAGAUGGAGACGGAGGCGUGGAUGGAGAGCUGAGUAGAAAGAGUGGUAGGAAGAAGUCCCAGAAGUUUGCCUACAGUAAGUGGUACAAGUAUGGAGGAGGAGGAGGAGGGACGUUCACAAAGCUCUACAGCCCAGAGAAGGCAGCUGAUCCUGGUGUGUUGAAGGCUAAAAGGUCAUUAGCUGGUCUGGAGCCAGAGAGGGUCCUGGGGGUUCAGAGAGGCCCAGCAGUAAGCAGAGACCUGGUGACAUCACUGGUCUCAAGUAGUGCCACUGUGUGUCUUCCAUCCUGUCUCCAAGACAACCGUUCACCUGUCAAUCAUGUCCACUCAUAUCGAAUGCCCAGUCAUCUCCAUAACACACCCACUUCCUGUCUCAAACCCAGUCAUCUCCAUACCACACCCACUUCCUGUCUCACACCUGGUCAUCUUCAUACCACACCCACUUCCUCUCUCAAACAUCCCCUCCAGAGAACCCAGUCAGUCUCAAAAGAAGUGUUUUCUAACAGGACUGACUGUGUGUCUAUGACAGUGACCCACCAGGAGAAACACACCAACUGUGUGUCUCAACGAUGUGGAAGCCAUGUUCCCUCAGAGAGGAAGAAGCAGAAGAUUGAGAAUAACAUCUGUCUUCUGGAGGGAGGAGGAGGCCUACACAGCAGCAGUAAACUGAACAAACUCUCAUCCUUAGUCAGAGGUGGGAUAGCCAAGCCCUCCUCCUCCUCCUCUGAUUCAGCCAAGACCAGUUUCCUCCCUAAGUACCAGUUGAGGCUUCCUACAGACUCAGGGCCUACGGGCCUCACCCAAACACAACCUAGAGGCCCUUUCAGGGUUUCAUCAGUCACAGGCGUAGGACAGGGUCAGGGCAGGUUUGCUACACCUGUGACAGCUUUAAAUCAAAGCCAGUCUGCUACACCUGUGACAGCUUUAGAUCAAAGCCAGUCUGCUACACCUGUGACAGCUUUAGAUCAAAGCCAGUCUGCUACACCUGUGACAGCUUUAGAUCAAAGCCAGUCUGCUACACCUGUGACAGCUUUAGAUCAAAGCCAGUCUGCUACACCUGUGACAGCUUUAGAUCAAAGCCAGUCUGCUACACCUGUGACAGCUUUAGAUCAAAGCCAGUCUGCAACACCUGUGACAGCUCUAGAUCAAAGCCAGUCUGCUACACCUGUGACAGAUCUAGAUCAAAGCCAGUCUGCUACACCUGUGACAGAUCUAGAUCAAAGCCAGUCUGCUACACCUGUGACAGCUUUAGAUCAAAGCCAGUCUGCUACACCUGUGACAGCUCUAGAUCAAAGCCAGUCUGCUACACCUGUGACAGCUUUAGAUCAAAGCCAGUCUGCUACACCUGUGACAGCUCUAGAUCAAAGCCAGUCUGCUACACCUGUGACAGAUCUAGAUCAAAGCCAGUCUGCUACACCUGUGACAGCUCUAGUUCAAAGCCAGUCUGCUACACCUGUGACAGAUCGAGAUCAAAGCCAGUCUGGUACACCUGUGACAGAUCUAGAUCAAAGCCAUUCUGCUACACCUGUGACAGAUCUAGAUCAAAGCCAGUCUGCUACACCUGUGACAGCUCUAGAUCAAAGCCAGUUUGCUACACCUGUGACAGAUCUAGUUCAAAGCCAGUCUGCUACACCUGUGACAGAUCUAGAUCAAAGCCAGUUUGCUACACCUGUGACAGAUCUAGAUCAAAGCCAGUUUGCUACCAUCACAGCCACAGCGGUGAAGCAAUCUGCCACACCACCCACAGCCUUAGUACAGAGCAUGCCGUGGAAAACAUCAGUACACGGUCAGUGCCCUACAGCCAACACCACUUCCACAACAACCCUCCACCCUGCUCUCACAGUAGCAGACCAUGUCAACCCUCUAACUUAUGUUACAACAGAGGUUAACCCUCCGUGUCAUAAGAUAACAGCUUUAGCAUGCCAUACCAUACCCUUCACCAAAACACAGUCAUCACCAUACCAUACAUCAGUAGCAUACCCUGCUAUACCAUUCACUGUUAGUCACAGCAGCCAGUCAGAGGGUCAGAAAGUGUUCCACGUGAGGACAGCGGACCUCCACAUCUGUCUCCAGCUCAUCUCAGACGAACAGCUGGCGCUCAUACAGCCUCAGAUAGAACGACAGGAUACAACAUCAGAGCCUCAGAUAGAGAAGCAGGAUAUGACAUCAGAGACAGGGCCUUCUCAUGGUGGCGUCCAUGGAGUGAUGGGAGUAGCGGUGGAUCCACUAGGAACCACAAUGAAAAAUGAAGCGCUCCAAACCAGCUCAUGUAUUCUACCUGACGCUGAAACACAGGGGGGGACAGCAAAGCAUGUGACACAGGAAGUCACUGGAACUUUGAAUCCAGUAGAACCUUCUUCAUCACAACAUGAGAACAACAGAGGUUUCUCUGGCGAUAAAGAGGGGCAGCAUUCAGCAGCAGUAUGUUGUCAUGACCUGGACCAUCCCUCAACAGACACCCUCUGUAGUCCUGGAACUCCUCUCACUCGGACGGACAGAUCAGACAUGACGGAAGCUGCUCCUCUAACCAACACAGAGCAGCAACUGUCUCGUAAUGGCUAUGUUUCACUUGAACCACCUGACCCAGGACUAUCUUUCCAGAACCACCCAGACACCAACACCGUCCUAGAGACUACUGGACUAUCUUUCCAGAACCACCCAGACACCAACACCGUCCUAGAGACUAGAGGACUACCUUUCCAGAACCACCCAGACACCAACACCGUCCUAGAGACUAGAGGACUAUCUUUCCAGAACCACCCAGACACCAACACCGUCCUAGAGACUACAGGACUAUCUUUCCAGAACCACCCAGACACCAACACCGUCCUAGAGACUACAGGACUACCUUUCCAGAACCACCCAGACACCAACACCGUCCUAGAGACUACAGGACUACCUUUCCAGAACCACCCAGACACCAACACCGUCCUAGAGACUACAGGACUACCUUUCCAGAACCACCCAGACACCAACACCGUCCUAGAGACUACAGGACUAUCUUUCCAGAACCACCCAGACACCAACACUGUCCUAGAGACUACAGGAGUAUAUCCUCAGAACCACCCAGACUCCAACACCUUCCAAGAUACUAUAGGGCUAUAUCCUCAGAUCCACCCAGAUUCUGUCAACAUGACUCCAGCUCUGCCUCACAACCGGGGUGCCCAGUCUAGAACUCUCCAGAACCACCCAGACACCAACACAGUCACAAUGCUUCUUCAGAACCACAUAGACACUAGCAAUGUGACUCCAGCUCUG